AUGGAGGAGACAAAUCCUGGCGCUGUAUGGCCACGGGGAACGCGAGGGAGGGCCACAAGCGAACCGACAAUAAAUAAUAUAACUCCUGUCGUCUCCGAUUCGUCCUCUACGACGAGAGCUUCGGCCAGCUUGGCUCCGGGGACACCACCACCUUCUCGACGCUCAAAAUUCGCUGCCAGUAUCGGCAGAUUUCUUCGGCCUUGGAAAUGGAAACGCAAGAAAAAGAGCGAUAGGUUUCUUGCCACGUCUGAAACCCUUGAAAGAAAAUUAUCCACACGUAAAGCAAGAGAGGAACUUGUGGAAAAAGGAAUUCUACCAAAGCCUCAAUUUGUUCAGGAAAAUGGUUCGACUGAUGUACAGCCCAAUGGCAUGCUGGGUAAUGAUCCGAGAACAGUGAAUGCGCAGCCUUGUAAAGUGUCAUACCAAGAUCCAGCCAUACCAAGGGUUCAUGAACAACCUGACUACGACAAUCUUCAAACACGUGAUGAUAGUUCCAGCGAUCAGGGCGAUAAUUCUGCAGAAUCCGAGGAUGAAGAAGAACUGAACGGAAUUGUUUUGCAGUGGGCAUCAAAAUUGAAAAGAAAAGACAGUUUGGCCUCAAAACUAAACCAAAGACCAAGCAAGAAGGAUUUGGAAGAACGAAAUAUCCUUCCAGUCAAAAGCGAGGAAGAAUUACACGAAAAACGAGAACACAUCGGAACACAGCUUACAAGGCGGCUGAGUUUACGACCUUCAAUAGACGAUUUAAAAGCGAGAGGAAUCAUAAAGAAUGCCUCCGCUGCCGAAAUUGAACAUGAUAUUGAACAAAAGAAAAAGAUUUUAAACAGAAAGUUAAGUCGACGACCCACAGUAAAGGAGCUCAGAGAGAAAAAUAUUUUGGUCCAAUUCAAUGAUUAUGUCGAGGUUUUCGACGUGCAAGAAUACGAUAGAAGGGCUGAUAAGCCAUGGACAAGGUUAACACCUCAGGAUAAGGCUGCAAUUCGUAAAGAAUUGAAUGAGUUUAAAAGCUAUGAAAUGGAGGUUCACGAAGCUAGCAAGCAAUACACGAGAUUUCACAGGCCGUGAUCACAACACUCGACUCUCCAUAUUUUCAUGGAGUUCUAUUCCCGCUGGACCUUCGCAUUGCUUUACUAAAAUUGAAAGACUGCGGGCACCAUGCUGUACUUCGGUACCGAUGCUGACCCGAGUGGUGCUUCGCGGCGAUUCGUUUUGUGUCGGCAGGAACCGAUGACCUUCAAUUUACUGGAACAUUAAUUAUUUGUAAAUACGCCAUAAUAUCAGAUUCUUGCGACAGAUGAUUCAAGGAUGGUUGCUUAUUGACCCAAAUUUGACAUUUUGAGGCUUCCUGUAUUUUUACCUCAAAAAUUUUGUAGAUCUUAACACGAUAAUAGAUUUGAUAAACAUUAAAAUUAAGGGUUAGGUACUCUGGAUAAUGUAAGUAGUAACUUCUAAAGUAUUCCCGACGUCUACAAACACAAAUAAUUUUUGAAUUCCUCGCUAGAAAAUUCACCCUUGUAUAUUUUUCUCAACUCGUCAUCAUGAGUGGGGACAAAUCUGUGAAAAACAUGUCAGGCUUCCUUAAUACGAAGUCCCAGUCCUUCAUGGCAAUUUAUCAGUCACACGGUCGCCCGGUCUAAUUGUUAAUUGUUAUGGCACAAAACGCUUUAGGACAGACUUAUUGGACAAUGUGACCAGAAAAAGAGUUUUAAAAGCUCUGAACUAUUUCUAUAGUUAUCGUUGCAGAAGCGAUGCUAUUCGAAGGGGUGUAAAAAGCGCUCGCCCCUGUUGACCAAUUACUACUUCUUAUAUUAUUGUUUUGACUGUUUAUUAGUUAACAUUCACUACUAAAAACUGCACGUUUAAAUGAUUUAAAUGUAAAAAUAUUUUAUGGGAAAGAUGUGAACUUUUUAGAGUUUAUUAAAUAAAAUAUA